AUGUCUGAUACCAAAGAGGAAAAGCUGGCCACUAUCGACUAUGGCCUUGGCGAUCUGCACGAUGAUUCGGCACUGUUGCGUCGGAUCGAUUGGCGCAUACUGCCGAUUAUGUUCUUAACCUACUUUUUGCAGUUUCUGGAUAAGGUGGCCUUGAAUUACGCUAAUGUCAUGGGCAUGCAAGACGAUCUUGGAAUGAAGGGCAAUGACUUCUCCUGGCUGGCUACGGGAUUCUUCAUUGCUUAUGCCGUGGCCGAGAUCCCUCAGGGGUUCUUACUCCAACGAUACCCCAUCACCAAAGUCCUCGGAUUUAACAUCCUCUGCUGGGGAGUCCUCCUCUGCUGCUCUGCCGCAGCCCAGAAUUUUGCAGGCAUGAUGUCUCUACGAGUGCUUCUUGGCACACUAGAAGCUGUGAUCGCCCCCGCCCUAACCAUGUACACAAGCAUGUGGUACACCCGGGCCGAAUCCACCCCUCGCUAUGGCCUCUGGUACUGCGGACUCGGCACCGGGCAGAUCAUCGGCGGAUUAAUAUCCUUCGCGGCGCAGCAUGCACCGGCGUCGAUGUCAUUCCACGGCUGGCGGAUCAUGUUUGUAGUGAUCGGAGCAGUGAACGUCCUCGUAGCACUUCUUGUCCUGUUCAUUCUACCAGCAACACUAUCUGAAGCGCGCUUCCUGAGCACAUCCGAGAAGGUUCGCGUGGAGGAGCGCCUCCGACAAGACCAGGCUGGUGUGGGUGAGAAAGUCUUUCGCGCGAUAUCGCUGCUCGAGGCAUUCGCAGAUCUCCAGACUGCGCUCUUGGUGCUUUUGACUAUUCUCAUUACUAUUCCCAGUGGGGUUAUCACGACGUUCUCAUCCAUAUUGAUUAAGGACUUUGGAUAUGACUCGAAGGAGAGUGCGCUGCUUAAUAUGCCUUCUGGGGUGGUUAGCAUAGUUGCUACUAUGGCAUCUACGAUGGCCAUUGCGCGGGGAUAUUCGCGCUGGCUGGCGAUUAAUGUUCUCCUGAUCCCUACUUUGCUUGGAGCGUGUCUGAUGUCUUUUCUGCCAUCUUCGAAUCAAGGGGGUUGUUUGGCUGGGAUCUACCUCGUGAACACGACUGUCGCACCGCUAGCACUGAUUUUCGCGUGGACUGGUGCGAACUACAAGGGGUAUACCAUGAAGGUAGCAGGAAGUACACUCGUCUCGGCCGGUUUCAGCAUCGCCAACGUCAUCGGGCCGCAGACAUUUCAAUCCCGCGACGCUCCAGGGUACGUCCCCGCCAAGAUCACGAUCGUCGCCGUCAACGCCGGCGCAAUCAUCAUCUCCACCAUGCUGCGGGUGGUUUACGGCCGUCGGAACGCGCGGGCUAACCGCUUAGGCCGGGCAGCGGGGAGUCGCAUGGAAGAACGGCUGCGGAGUGAGGGCGAUGAUGAGGGGGUAGUCGACUUUCGAUAUGUGUACUAG